AACUAGUCUGUGAGGUAAAUAUACCAAAAGGGUCUGUGGGGUGGAUUUGUUUGUGAAACUUGAUAGUGUUUUGCGACUUACUUGUUCACGGAUAACUAAAGUAAUCAUGCUAAAAAUUAAUGGAUAAUCAUUUAAAAAGCGAAUAACACCUCGUGAUAUAUAAUAAUUUUGAGUUUAAUUUAAGCAGAAGUGUAUCAAUGUCGCUUAAAUAGGAAGAAAACGCACAACAAACAUGGGUUUGGACUUUGACGUAUUUGAGUUUUGCAAAAAAUUGCGGCAAAACCGGCCUCCGCCGUAUUUGUGCCCCUUAGAAAAAUGUGAUAAGGUUUACAAAAGUUUAUGUGGGUUGCAGUACCAUUUAGUUAAUUAUGACCAUGAUAACCCCACUCCAGCAACACCAGCUGUUGCUAAUAAUCGUAAGAAAAGCGGAAGAUGUCGGGCUCCUGUACCUACCGGUGAUAUCGCUCUACAGAGCCCACCAAAAGAAGCCCUUACAUUUGCUGAAGCCCAAAAACUAGUUCAAUUUGAAAUAGAUGGGAAAAUAAGCAGGAUUCCUAUUGAUCAGCCCUUGCCUAUUAUGUCUUUGGAAGAGUGGGAAAAGAAGAACUCUGAACUUGAAAAGCCUUUACCAUUCAUAGAGCCUACACCAGAGCCACAUGUUAAGUUACCUGAAGCAAGUUUCAAGCUUAUCCCUGAUUACAAUGAGAGAGUUUGUGAUGCACCACCUCGUCCAAAUGCUUACAUAAGGUUUAUAGAGAAGUCUGCUGAGGAAUUGGAUGGUGAAGUGGAGUAUGAUGUUGAUGAGGAAGAUACUGCAUGGUUGUCAAUUGUAAACAAAAUGAGAGCAAAACAAGGAUUGCCUGCCGUAUCUGUUGAUACAUUAGAGCUUCUAAUGGAUAGACUUGAGAAGGAAUCUUAUUUCCAAGCAACACAAACUGGUCAGCAGACAGCAGCAGCAGUUGAUGAAGAUGCUGUUUGUUGCAUCUGCAUGGAUGGUGAAUGUCAAAAUACCAAUGUGAUUUUGUUCUGCGACAUGUGCAAUCUAGCAGUGCACCAGGACUGCUAUGGUGUUCCAUAUAUACCGGAAGGUCAAUGGCUUUGCCGGCGCUGUUUGCAGUCACCUUCCAGACUCCUCAAUUGUGUCCUUUGCCCUAAUACUGGAGGUGCAUUCAAACAAACAGAUCAAGGGACAUGGGCGCAUGUAGUCUGUGCACUCUGGAUACCAGAAGUCCGUUUUGCAAACACUGUUUUUUUGGAGCCUAUUGACUCCAUAGAGAUGAUUCCAGCUGCACGUUGGAAACUGUCUUGCAUGGUUUGCAAACAACGCGGUGCUGGUGCCUGCAUCCAAUGCCACAAGUCCAACUGCUAUGCUGCUUUCCAUGUCACUUGUGCACAGCAAGCUGGGUUAUACAUGAAGAUGGAAGCGGCGGGCGCGGGUAGAGAUCCCAGUCAACCGGUGCAGGUCGCCAAAAUGGCAUACUGUGAUGCUCACACUCCUGCUCACGUCCUGCAGGAAAGGCGUGCGUUGGAUUCCGAGGGAGAUUCAAAGUCUACAGAUUUGACAGCUAUUAGACAGAAAGGCAGGGAGAAAAUAAUACAGGCCCGGCGAGUCCUAGCUAUGAAACGAACCUGGUCCCCUGUAGUCCUAGUGCCCACUCUACCCGCCGAGCGAGUGUCUGAAGUGGCCCAACUAGCCCCGGGCCCACCUGCGGCCCGGGCCCAUCUUGUGAAGAAACUGUUAGCUUACUGGACCCUCAAGCGGCACAGCAGGAACGGUGUGCCUUUGCUGAGGCGACUGCAGAGUCUGACCAGCCAUCAUGGAACCCGAGGAAUACAGGAUGGCACCGUGAACGUAAGAGAGCUGUGUAACCAACUCAAAUAUUGGCAAAGAAUACGUCAAGAUUUAGAGAGGGCAAGGCUCCUCUGCGAAUUGGUCCGCAAACGCGAGCGCCUCAAGGCGGAGUACACUCGAGUGUGGGAGCGCUGUGUGAUGCAUUCACUGCGGCCCGAGCGAGCCGCCCUGCACAAACUGUUGCGGAUGCUGCGCGCCAGAGAUAACAGCGACAUAUUUACCGAGCCUGUCGAUCUCAACGAGGUGCCAGACUACAGUUCAGUAGUGAAACACCCGAUGGAUCUGAGCACUAUGGGAAAGAAACUGGACCGCGGCGCGUACCGCACCGUCGACGACGUGGAGGCGGACUUCACCCUCAUGAUAGACAACUGUCUCACAUACAACAACAAGGACACAGUGUUCUACAAAGCGGGAAUAAAGAUGCGCGAGCAAUGUCUGCCGAUAUUCCGUCAAGCGCGUCGCGAUGUCCGCGCCGCCGACAUGCCCGAGCUGGCCGGCGACGGCGAUGUACUGGCCGACUCCAGUCCUGAACGGGAGCAGGAGCGGCCGCAAGAGUGGGAGCGGGCGCGGAGCAGCCGCCGCAGCCGCCCGCGGCACUCCAGCAGCGACAGCGAGCCCCGCGCCGAUACCCGCAGUGAGCGUGGCGUAUCAGUUGCUCGCAGCGAAAGGCGGCAUCAGAGUCCCAGAGACACCGACGAAGACAACAAUACGCGUUCUAGUUCCCCGGCGGGCGAGAGAGUAGUGACUACUGUAGGCAGACGUGGCAGGGGGCGUGGCAGGGGAAGAGGGCGGGGGCGGGGCCGGCCCCCACACCUCGCCAGGGUUAGGCAAGAAACUCCGACAUCGGGCUCAGAAACGGCCGCAGCGCCGCCGCCGAGAAAAAGCGUAGAACGGACGCACAAACUGACUACGCCUGAGAAAUCACCUGCAAAACUCGUGGAAACCGGUCCAGGUUUGAGUUUUUCGGGAGGACUGAAAAAACCUACUCUGCUAUUACCGCCAUCAUUGGGUGCGGCACCGCCAAAGAGCUUCGGAUCCGAUGCAUCUCUGCCGACGCUAUCGGCCAGUUUAGGUCGGCCGAGCUUGGAAAGUUCGCCAAAGAAGAAGGGGCGUGGUCGCCCAAGGAAGAACGAUAAAGACAAGUCCACUUCAUCACCAGAUCUGUUCAGUCCAUUGGCGUUGUCGGAAAAGUUGAGUCUACCAAGCUUGGACAGCUCUCCUAAGAAGAAAAGCCGAGGCCGACCGAAGAAGGGCGACAAAGACAAGUCCACUUCGUCUCCAGACAGCUUCAGGGUGAUGCAGGGCGCGGGCGGGGAAGCAAAACUUUCCACUCCGGUACCGGCGUCCUUCUUGCAGUACCGCGGUCCUCCGGGCGAGGUCGGCUCAGACAGCGACCUGGCGCUAUCCAGAUCUUCAAGCAGCAGCUCAGUGUGGUCGCAGUCCUGUUCCUCCUGCACCCACUAUGACGACAACGGCUCCGAUCACUCCUGUUCAUUGAGCACCAGCGAUGCGUCCAGUAAUGGGCCCCUGGACGGAGACGGCCCGGAUCGUCGCCAACGACGCGCUCCUCUCACCGACGCGUCUGAUACCGAGCCCACUACACCGGUCAAGGGUCGCGGCACUCGGUCGUCUUCAUCCAAGACACCGGUGAAGAGCGCAGUCUCCGACGUGCACGUGCAGCUCGAACCACUGCAGCUAGUCUGGGCCAAAUGCCGAGGGUACCCUUGGUAUCCAGCCCUGAUCAUAGAUCCGAAGAUUCCCAAAGGGUUUGUUUACAACGGGGUACCACUGCCAGUGCCGCCGCAAGACGUUCUCAAUCUCAAGAAAAACCACUCGCACGAACCAAUCCUUUACCUGGUGUUGUUCUUCGAUGUGAAGCGAACUUGGCAGUGGCUCCCGCCAAACAAAUUGGAAGUAUUAGGGGUUGAUAAGAGUGUGGAUCAAGCUAAACUGGUCGAGUCGAGGAAACCCACUGAAAGAAAGGCAGUCAAGAAGGCCUACAAUGACGCCAUGCAGUUCAGGAAGCAAGUGGACGGAGAAGACAAAUGACAAAGGUUUAGAUACCGGUCCAGAAGACCGCGUAACAGAACAUUCAGCUUUGGCAACUUUUCACUAAUGAACAUAAGGGCUUUGGACUCGACUGACUCCAGCGAUUAAAUAAUCUUUCUAUUUAGACAUGUUGUGUAAAAUUAUCAACUGAUUAACUAAUUAAAUCUAAAACAAAUAUUAGAAAAAAUUCCACGCGGUCCAGGCAUCAGGCGGGAAUUUAUUUCUAGUAAAAUUUUCUUUAGAUUUUAAUAUCUAGCAGUUAUGUUAGAAAAAAAUGAACUUAUAAUCGUUAGUGUUGUGAUAUAGUUAAAUAUGAAAUAAAUUGUAUAUAACAUGGCUUGCAAAAUUCUGUUAAAAAAACUGAGGAUAACUACAUUAAACUUAGAGCAUAAUUAGUGUAACUUACUGUCUGAAAUGUUUAUAAAAUAGAUACGCUGCCGGAUCCCGAUCUGCUUAUUACAAAAUUUUUUUAUUAAUUACAUAUUAAAUUAAGUUUAUAUCAAAUUGGCGUUUAUCACUAAGAUUAUAAUAUGACACAAAUAAGCAAUAAAUACUAUAGUAUCUUAAAAUGUCUCUGAGUGUUGCCAUAAAUGUGUCAUAAACAUAUAAUUAUAUUUGUAACUUUUUACUGUCUUUAUAUAAUGAAAAGAUUUUUAUAAAUUGUAUAUAUAUACUACUUUUCAGGUAGCUCUAUCUAAAAAAACAAUGAUAAGAUUGUACUUGAAUAGAUGUUUAAAUAAGCAGUGUUAUGAAAUUAUAAAUGUCAUUUGAUUAAUGUAUAAAAUAUGUAAGUCUAUAAAAUUGAAAUUAUAACCAUAUUGAAGAUAGUUGAAGUGAAUGAAGCCUUCAUGUUCUAUACCAUUAAGUAGUUUUCUUCAGUGAAAGGUAUAAUAAUUUUUCCUUAAUUAAUACAGUUGAAUUGUUGAUUAAUAAAAAGUUCCUUUACUGUGGUACCAUCAGUCUAAAUCAAUCACUUUCUAAACACAACCAUGUAGGUCUUAUGCUUUUUUUUAUAUAAAUGCUGCCCUAAUGAUCACUUUCCCAGGUGGGAAAAAUACUAGAAAACUGUUGCUAAUUUUAAGAUAAUUGUGUUAAAAUCUUUUGUUUUUAUAAAUAAAAAUAGUAACAAUAAUGAACUUGGUACUUUAUUUUUCUCCUAAAAAUUAAUUAACAAUGAUCAUUUUCUACUUUAUUAUUUAAUAAAAUGAAACAAUGUGAUUGCUACAAUUUUAUAUUAAUCAUUAACUUAAUAAAUAAACCAUGAUUUACUCAUAAUGCUUGUCCCAAAGAUAAAGUUUUCCUGGAGUUGGUCGCACAUUAGCAGCUUGCUUAGGAGCACUGGAACAGAUAAAACUAAUCUAAGUAUUAUUUAAAUAAUAAGUGCUAAACAUUAUAAAUUUGCUAAUUGUUACUACUACAAAUGACAUUGAUGCAUGUGAUACACUACACAGUACACCAAGUACCUACACAGCUAGUUUAUUUUAUUACUUAAAAAAACUUUAAAUAUCCCACUUUCUGUCAAUCAUUUACUUUCAUAGUAAAAGGAGCUUCUUUAGCUAAUAUUACAGCUGUGAAUUUGCAAGGAGAACUAAGUAUGAAAUCGAGUUACUACAUAUCUCUUUCAGUACCCCUUUCACUAAGUAGGUGGCUUAAAUACUCUAAAUUAGUUUUAAGUUUUAGUUUCAACUUCUCUAAAUAUCUUAAAAUAUACAUAUUUAUAACAACCAAGUUCUAUACUUAAUCAGUUUUAUAUGUAAAAGUGAUAAUGAUGUACAUGACUGGCACCUUCUUUGUGGAAGGCUGGUGCAUGGUGUGCAUGCAUUGCUCUACUCGUGUGUUAUUUUGUUAGCCUUCUGGAAGAUAAGAACUUCCCUUUGUCAUCACAUGAGUUAGAGCAGUUAACCGCCGUUGUUCAUUCUAUACAAUUACAAACCCUCCUAUUAGAAUAACAAAUAUUGAGAAGUGUUGGGAUCACCUCACCCUUUGUCAGAACUAGCUUCGAGC